AUGGACUCGCAAUCUCUUCCCUCGACCCCUCGACCAGGAUCGACUCCUAUUCCUACGCCGGACGAAUCUCGCACUCCAGGCAAAUGGCGCCAUCCCCAUCUCAAUGAAAUUGUGCGGCGUCAGAAUGCGGCUACGUUUGGCGACCAUAACGUGAGAAGGCUUGUUUGGAAUGGAGCAGCUUUGGCUGCGACCUGGUUUUUUGGGGGUACUUUCAAGUCAUAUGCAUCUGGUCUGCGCAUUUUCAGCGACAAUCCCACUUACCCAGAUCUCUCGUUGCUGGGCUUGCAGCUCUUUUUCGUUUUGAACAUCUUCGUUGCAUUAUACCCCGUCUUCCGACCGAAGGAUGAUCUCGUCGAUAUUCCUCUGACUCCCACACAACGCUCGCUCUUGGGGCUGGACCCUUCCGCUUCGCAUCAUGCGUCACCGGGAACUACCUACGUUACUCCACCGAGAUACCGCGUUUCUGCAUCGCGCACAGCGAGUCCAGCAGGCAGAAGUGCGUCAUCAUUGUCGGCGAGCGCGAGCUUUUCGGGACAAGGAGCUUCAUCGGGGCCAACAUUCUCGCCUUCAACGAGCCCAUUGCUCUACAAGGCAGUGUCGAAUGGUGGCAGGGAGAACACACGGAGGCCAAGCUUCAGUUCCUCGACGGGGCUUGGUUCAUCGGGAUUUGGCGCCUCCGGAUUUAGUGCCUCUGGAUUCGGUGCUUCUGGGUUUGGUGCCUCCGGGUUUGAUUCCUCGCUCGGGUCAUCCUCUCCUUUCGGUCGGAGCUCUCUGAGAGAGUCUCACUUUGGACCUCCCGCAACUCCGUCGCCCAUUGGAGGCAAGCGCGUGAAUAUCGGAUUGAGCAACAAAUGGUUGUACGAGAGGAGUAGGCGGCUGUCAACUAGCAACGGGGCGCUUUGA